GAGAGAGAGAGAGAGAGAGAAAGAAAGAGAGGGGCUGUGUUCCUUAGAACGAGCCUCGUGAUCCGCUUAGUUGCGGCCUCCAGAAUAGGGUGAGGAGGGAUGAGAUGGAGGGGAGAGGAGGAUUCACGGGACAAAAAGAGGGGAAGUAAGGCCAGAGUGAAAGUAGGAGGUGGUUUAGCCCCUCGGUUGGGGUGGGCGUCCGACGGUUAGCGCGUACGCCCCUGCGUAACGAGUUUCGGUCGUGGAGCGACGCGUUCGACCAAUCGGAGCCACCAUCGGUCGUCCUCGGGUACGGUGAACGGUGCUGCUUGCGCGCCGCCCCACCGAUGAAAGUAGUCCUCUUUCGGAGCUGGAUUCGUGGCCUUGUUUCCGUGAACGCGAGGGACGAACGAAACGGCGCGUCCCACGUAUUUGACGCGUGCCCUGCGCGCACACUUACACGAACAAUUCUCUUAUGCGGAUGAACACUCACACAUAUGCAAACGCGUCCUCCCGUCCGCGCCUACCAACGAAGUCACGUUGCGAAUCGCGCUUGAUCCCGAACGAUCAUCAUCCUCCUCACGCGAUUGUGUUUUCUUUCUUCGUAUAAAUGUCGUGAAUGUUGUCGCUAGAUACGACCGGUGGCAGUGGCGGUGGCGACGGCGACGGCGACGGUGGCGGCGGCGGCGUGCUCGCUCGAGUGUGCUUCGGACCUCCUUGCACUCUCAGCUUCGUCAAACUCGUUGCUAAUUUUGGCGGCAAUUUCGAAUACAAUUAUUUAUCGGCGAUUAUUUCCUUAUCGACAUAAUAAUUGAAGUAACAAUCUUAAUGAGAACAUAAGUACGAGCGUAUUUUAAUCGAAAAGGAACGUAAUAGAAAAGCGUAGUGAUGUGGCGAGUGCUGGUGUAGUAGUAGUAUUAGUGUAGUGUAGUAGUGCUGAGAGAGUAGUGUAGUGUAAUAGUGUGAGCACUGGUGUGAGAGCCCCGAAGAAGGGACUACACUAGUAAACUUGUGGGCGCGUUUAUAAAACUGUUACAAGUAACGAGAUCUCAUACCAUACAGAAAAUAAUGCUACCUGCUCGAUCUACCUGUAACGACUGCAUUCGUGUAUAGCGCGUAAGAACAUUUAUGAGAGUUCGGAUCGGAUACGAUUGUGAAGAAUUACUUUAACGGGAAAUAAUCGUACGAUGACGAUUGUUUCGCGGUAACGACGGCAAAGGAACGCGCGUUGAAGUUAGAAUUCAUAAGAGAAGAAAAGUAAAUUUCGCUUGAUAUAUCGUGCGGAAGGAGGGCAGAGGGAAAGUUAGAGCGGGGAAGCAGAGUGGACGGCCAGCGGCUGCGGAGGAGGAGGAGGUGGUGGCGGUGGAGGAGGUGGCGGCGGAGGAGGCGGCGGUGGCGGCGGUAUCGUUUCACAGAGCGAGAGCACGUGUUGGCCGGAGAAUUAGGUGGAGUCCCAUGUGCAAAGUGGGUGGAGGCUGCCGCAUCGCGAGGCUGCCUUCCGCGCGUUAUAUCGCAGAACGAAACCUCCGUGGAAUACUGCGUGAAAGGGAUAUCCAUUUUCAGGGAGCGCACUGACAGAGAAUAGUGCUUCUGCUUGCUGUCGUUAUCAAAAUAAUAACUCCCAUCGCGGGAGAAUGCUGAAAGAUGAAAUCCUAGCAUAAAAACUGUUGGCGCUAAAUUGACAUUAACGUUAAUACCAAUUUAUUUGCAAGAAAUAGAAAAUAAAUAUUUCCAUCAUGAAGCGCAGUGUUGAUGGGAGAAAUAUCACUCAAGAAGAGAUUGAUGAGCAUGAUCCUUUACAAACACAAUCUUCUCAACAACAAGAUGAAGCUGAACAGCAGCAAUUAGAUCAACAACAGCAAACGGCUCAACCACAAAUUAGAUUUUUAAGUACGAAUAUGUUACAACAAUUACAGCAACAACAACAACAAGAUGUUCAGCAGCAAGCGCAGCAGCAACAACAGCAACCGCAAGUUAUUACUUUACAACAACUGCAAAAUUUUGUGCCUUUACAAGCCCAACAAGCCCAACAUGAUCAACAAAGGACACAAGCAAUUUCUGUACAAUCUUUGCCCCAACAGUUUUUACAGAGUGCUCAAAUACUUGGUACUCAAGCUCAAGCAGCGCUUCAGCAACAGCAACAGCAAGCCCAACAUCAGGCACAACAGCAAACGCCACAGCCACAACAGCAACAACAGCAACAACUUAGUUACAAUGUUAUACCACAAAUGCAGACUGUAAAUAUUGAUGGCCAAGAAGCUUUGUUCAUUCCAUGUUCUGCAAUGUCAGGUGCUGGUGCUCAUCAUCAAACACAGCCUACAAUGCAAUUUGCUACUGCUAAUGGGCAGCAAGUACAACUUGCCAGUCAACAAGUGCAAUUGGCUAAUGGUCAGACUAUUAUAACUCCACAACCUGUCAGUCUCAUAAGAGCUCCUGGCGUAUUUCCUGCUUCUAUUAUUCAAAAUAUUGCUGGACAGACAGUUCAAUUGCCUACAGGACAAAGCGUUCAAGUAAGGCCAUUACAAUUUCCUAUGCAACAUGUUCAGCAAACUGUGCCUGUUCAAGUUCCAGUCACUGCCAGUAAUGGACAAACUGUUUAUCAAACUGUGCACUUUCCUGUUCAAGCUUUGUUAAGUGUCUUUAAUAUGCCAGCUACACAAAUGAUACCACAAAUUACCCAACAAAUUCCUCAAGUGGCUCAAAUUAUUACACCCAAUGGACAGAUUCAACAAGUUCAAAUUGCAAAUUUACCACAACUUCAAAGCUUACAAAGUCAGCAGGUAACACAAAUGGCUCAACAAGUUGCUCAACAGCAAGCACAACAACAGGUUGUACAACAGCAAGCAGCACAACAACAAGUUGUACAAUCAGUACAGCAGCAACAACAAGCUGUACAAGCGCAAGUUCAGCAGCAACAACAGCAGCAGCAACAACAACAGGUACAACAAGUUGUACAAGUAAUACAACAGCAACAGCAGCAGCAGCAACAACAGCAGCAGCAGCAACAGCAGCAACAACAACAACAGCAAGUUCAACAAGUCCAACAAUCGUCCACACCAGCUUCUACGGUAGCAACUUGGAGUACAACUGUUACAACUCCAAGUAAUGUUCAGGUACUUGGUAUUGGUUCACUUGCAAGACCUAUGCCAGCAAACAGUAGUGUAAUUACUACAAAGGAUGGACAGAAGAUUGACGUUCAGACAUUAACUGCUUUAGCAAGACCACCUGAAACAGUUGAAGGUGAUAUAAAAUUAACAAAUAUAGAUGCAAGUCAAUUGGCUAAUCAAAUUAUACAUAUUCCAACUGCACAAUCUGCGCAAACUACAGUUCAACCAAACACGAUAACAGGUGCGCAAGGUCAACAGCUUACUUUAAUUCCUGCGUCUGCUCUAGCAAAUUUAACCGCUCAACAAGGAAAUAUGAUGAGAAGCGUUGGUAGUGGGAGUAUAAUGCAAUUACAACCUGCUGCUGGAAUGAAUACUACAAAUGGUUUUCUUCAGUCCAUACCUGUACAAAAUAUUCCAGGUUUAGGAAGUGUCCAAGUAAUACCUGCAAGCGCGUUGCAACCUGCUACUGUGCAAGCUUUACCUACUGCUGCUGCAGCACCUAUUGUUGCUGCUCCAACUGUACAACUAGACUCAAGCGAUCCAACUAAAUGGCAAAUCCUACAAACAUUGCAUCCAAAUGGAACGAUCACAACACCAACUCCGACAUCACAUCAACAUCAAAUAACAACUGCAACAAAUUCAACUGUAGACACAGAUUCUAAUAAACAGCAUCGAAGAAGAGUAGCCUGUACAUGUCCUAAUUGUGGUGAUGGUGAUAGAAAUAGGGACAUGACUCGAAAACGUCAACAUGUUUGUCACAUUGCCGGUUGUAAUAAAGUUUAUGGAAAAACAAGUCAUCUUCGGGCUCAUUUAAGAUGGCACACAGGAGAACGACCAUUUGUUUGCAGUUGGAUAUUCUGUGGAAAAAAAUUUACAAGAUCAGACGAAUUACAACGGCAUCGUAGGACACAUACUGGAGAGAAACGAUUCCAGUGUCCUGAGUGCACGAAAAAGUUCAUGCGAUCAGAUCAUCUGACAAAGCAUAUUAAAACACAUACAAAAAUUCGUAGUACGGAAGCUGCUACCUCCACUCAGGAAGGUUCAUCUGAUAGCCAGUCUUCCGCAGAAGAAAAAAUAAUAAUAGCACUUCAUAAAACAGAAACAGAACAGACAGGAAUUAUUUUAUCAGAACCAAUGGAUGAUAUAAAAAGUGAUUCGAUCAAACAUAUAACAAACGAAUAAUGUAUUAAUUUUGUUGCAUUUGAGCUUUUCUAACAAAGCUUAAAAGAAAGUCAACUAAACAGAUAUUGUAUAUAUAUAUAGU